GGAAAAUCGGGCCAUAUUUAUGUGUGCAGAGAAAAGCCAAAAACAACCCUCAUCCCUGGCUCGAGAGGGCGUGGGUUUGAACCUUUUUUCCUUUUUUCCCUCGUUAUCUUUCCUUUAUUUCUAGCUUUCGCUUGCAUGCAGCUUUUUACUCACCGCAAUCCACCCUACCCAGAUUUAACAACUUUUACCAAGGCUUCCUUGCCCAAGGCUUUCCAGGGAGGCCAGCCCCAAGGGACGGGACAGCCUAGGAAUUUACCCGCUUCUAGUGCGCCGCUGUUGUGAGGUCGGCGUAACUCCCAGGGGGGCGUUGCACAGUACCACCCGCCCGUUCUCUCUGGGUUCGUUCUUGUUAUCAUUAUGGUUUGUGUUCUCCCUUGGAAGCGCCUUUGCUGAUCGCAUCAUCGCACGGACACGGCGGCACGGCAAUCGCUCGGGAAUAAUCCAGCUUUUCUCUUCGUCCUCGACCUUUUGCUUCUUCAUCCUCUUUCAUCAUCUUAUCUUUGUGCAUCUCCUUUCCUUGCCGACUGGAUCCCCGCUAGUCCUCGCUCAACAUCCACCCACAUCCAUCUUUGCUCCUUUUUCCAUUUCUAUCCGAACAUAACUGCCUCGUGGUUGUCGCGCUGUGACUGGAGGUGUCUUUUUUUUUUUUUUUUUUUUUUUUUUUUUUUUUUUUUUUUUUGGGGGUGGCCAAGAUCCGGCCCACUUCGCUUCUGGCGUCAAAUCUCAGCCGCAUUCCCAAUUUGGUAAUAAGCGGCGGCGCUUCCGUCCCAUUCUCCUUCCCAACCACACCAACGCCAGCAACCUCAACUCAACCUCCACCACCAUCACUGUUCUCGUCAUCAACAUCAACCCCAUCGACACCGUCAAACCAUCUAUAAUCAGCAUUUCGAUCUACCUAUACAAUCGCAGUACCGAUGCGCUGACCUUGCCAGCCCCCCUACAGCUCGCCCUCACAUCCCCACAAUCCACCCUUCCCCUCCUCCACAGACCAUCUCCCUUAUCCAGCCCAAGGGAAACGGCGUCAUCGCACACCUCCAAAUACAAAACCUUCUCGUCGAACUCUUUCAAUAAAGUAAAAGGGAAAAUUAACUUAGACAAAUAACUUACGGUCAGCCACGCCCCUUGCAGGCUUGCGCGCCGUCAACCGCCUUCAAAAAAAAGCCGCGCAAGAAAAGAAACAGAACAGUUACCAAAGGGAAAACAUGUACAAUCCACAUCGUGGCAUGGUUGCCGCUCCUAACUCUCGUUUAACAGAGUUACUGGACCAGCUACGACAGGAAUAUGAGAACCAAUCGCGGAGUACUGGGGAGUUCGAGCAUCAAUUGACUGGUCAGCUCCAGGAGAUGGAGAUGAUCCGGCAAAAGGUUUACCAGUUGGAACAAGCACAGAUAAAAAUGAAGCAAGAAUACGAGGCUGAAAUACGUACCUUGCGACGAGAACUUGAAUCUCGCGGCGUUCAUCUACCUCAGUCCCAUAUUGGAGGCCCGCCAACGCAUGCUGGGCCUUCCCAAGCUCCUCCCCCGGCUCUUGGUCAUGGCCCUGCUAAUCUAUUUGGUGGUAUCAUGGCCAAUCCAGGAGGUGGAGCUCCUGCGCUUGCACCCCCUCCUCCACAGGACCAACAACAGCCACCCCAGCACGCGCUUCAACAGCCCGGGUCCGCUCCCCAAGGACCUCCUCAACCACAGCAAGGUGCGUUUGGAGGAUAUCAGCCCGCCUCAGCAGUCAAUGGAUAUGGACCUCCACCUCCUCCAACUUCUUCUCCAGGCCCAGGAAAAGGCAGAGCCAAUCGCGCGCCCCCUGGCCCUGCGACUCCUCAGCAAAAUCACCAGGUUGCCUACCCUGACCCUCGCGCCUCACCUCAGAUUCCUCGUCCCACCCCCACUAGCCAACAACUGAGCUAUCGCGUUGGAAACACAUUAGCGGAUCUCGACCCCGACAAGCUCCCCCCGAGCCAAAAGAAGGAAGGCGCCGAUUGGUACGCCGUUUUCAACCCUGAGGUUCCGCGCGUUCUGGAUGUCGACCUUGUCCAUCACCUUGUUCAUGAUAGCGUUGUCUGCUGUGUCAGAUUUAGCAAUGACGGCAAAUAUGUUGCUACUGGCUGCAACCACUCUGCGCAGAUCUUUGAUGUUGCGACUGGACAGCUCGUUACCGCUUUGCAGGAUGAAAGUGUGCUUGAUAAAGAUGGAGACCUUUAUAUUCGCAGCGUCUGCUUCAGUCCCGAUGGAAGAUACUUGGCUACUGGGGCGGAGGAUAAACAAAUCAGAGUGUGGGAUAUUGCUAACCGAACCAUAAAACACAUUUUCUCCGGCCACGAGCAAGAUAUUUACUCCCUCGACUUCGCCCGCAAUGGCCGUUACAUCGCAUCCGGCUCCGGUGACAAGACCGUUCGCCUUUGGGAUAUCGUCGAUGGCAAACAGGAACUCAUCCUCAGCAUCGAAGAUGGCGUUACAACCGUCGCCAUUUCCCCUGACGGGCGCUUCGUUGCUGCCGGCUCUCUUGAUAAGAGCGUUCGAGUCUGGGACACGACGACUGGAUAUUUAGUCGAACGCCUGGAGAAUCCUGAUGGACACAUGGACAGUGUUUACUCCGUUGCCUUCGCGCCCAAUGGCAGGGAUCUUGUCUCGGGAAGUCUGGAUAAGACUAUUAAGAUGUGGGAGUUGACGCCGCCCAGGGGCAUGGUUCCUGGGGCGGGUCCGAAGGGCGGCAAGUGUGUUCGGACAUUUGAGGGUCAUAAGGAUUUCGUUCUUAGCGUUUGCUUGACACCCGAUGGACGCUGGGUGAUGAGUGGCUCUAAGGAUCGUGGUGUGCAGUUCUGGGAUCCCGCUACUGGAAAUGCGCAGAUGAUGCUGCAGGGUCAUAAGAAUUCAGUCAUCUCUGUCGCACCGAGCCCAACCGGGAACUUAUUCGCUACUGGGAGCGGUGACAUGCGUGCUAGAAUCUGGAGCUAUACCAACUGGGAUCGAAGGUCAUAAGCAGUAUUUUUUUUUCCUUUUUCAUCUCUACACGCACCCUUCAAACGGCAACCCAUUCAUGGCACACCUAUACAAACCAACCUAUCCACUCAACCUAUGCAACAUACAAUCCAACAUAUGAUAUACGGUUCAUAGGAAGCAGACCACGCGAACAAGCUAUCGGACACAAUAUAAUGAACUGAAAAUUCUAAGCAAGGGAGACAUUUUUACAAUAUGGAUUACUAUAUAAUUGACUCGCCGUACCCUAUCCUCCCCAUAUCCCCCCUUUUCUUCUAGGAAACCGUCCUAUCCGUCUGCAUACUUUUAUCUCUUUUACCCACCCCUGUCUAGUUUUGGUUUUACAUCUCACUUUCGGGGUGGGGUGUAUUGUGGGGGAGGGAGAGAGUAGGCAAAUGGAAACUGAUAGAGAAGGGAGUUGGUUGUGUGUUGUGAGGUUGUGGAGAGGGGGGAAAUAAAACCGGAAAUUGGAAUGGCAAAGGUGGUUUUCUUUUCUCUCUUUCUUUUGUUUUUUCGUUUUCGCCAAAGGAUCUGGAUGGGUUAUAAAUUUCUUAUCGGGCUUUCUUUUUUCUAUUUUUUUCACGUUUUGUUUUCAUUUCUAUGGUUUAUGUAGUCAUUACCGGGUUUCCUUUUGAUUGAUUUUAUAGCUAUGCUAUCUUCCUUUUUAUUAUUCCCUUUCUCCCUUUCUCCCUUUCUCCCUUUUUCUUUUUUCUCUUUUUUUAUUGUCAUUCUUAUUAUUCUACACUCCCAACCUUUCUCCCCACCUCUUGGGAAGAGGGCAGCUUUUUGAACUCGUUUUCUGGGAGGGUUGAAUUUUCCAUUUUCAUCAUCCCUUCUUUGCAGAAAGUUGGUAUUGGACGGGUCAAUGAUAUGGAAAUCAAGAUAGGGAGGGCUGGUAAUUCUGUUAUUCAAGUGUUUGUGCCUGCUCCAAAUUGCAAGGUUUUGAUUUUGAAAGUUGGAAAGGCUGAAGGUCGGUUUCUAUUUUAGUAUUUUACCUAUGUUGCAACGACCUACCUACCUGAGCUAGCCUAGGGAAAGGAAAAUAUAUAUAUUUUUAUGAGGAUAACUAUUCUUCUUCGGCCCUCUCCCUCCUCUUCCACCGCGGCGGAGGGAGAAUAUCAGUAUCGUGGAUACCUACAGUACCUAUGAGUAUUUUCCAGAUUGGAUGGAGCAUAACAUCCGAACGACUAUUGGCGUUCAAUUGUAUGUGCAAGGAUUGAGAGCAACAAAACUCCCCUCGAAUGUUGCGCGGUUGGAAGACAUUCGUUCUGGAGAUGUGGCGAUGUAUGUUUGUAUAUCCACCAUUUCGAUUUGUUGAACUGAAUCGAUUGAUUGUAUUCAAACACUUCGGUCUAUUGUUCCAUUGAUAGUUUUUCAUAAAGCUGGUUUAGUGUCAAGCAAUUGAAAAAACAGUCACUUCCA